GAAAUAAAGCGGAUGAUGUCCAGACAAGAGCGAGAAGAUCAAAGUCAGUGCUUUCUAUUCAUCCACCCCUCAAGAGUCCUUGACUCACCUCAAGCCCAUCUAAAAGCUACUUCAUGCAUGCUUGGAUUGAUUCAUUAUAAAAGACAAAGCUCCGAAGGAGUGUCGCCACUACCUCAGAGUACCUCGAAGCAGCAGAACAGAAGAACUAGAAAGCAAGAACAAGAACUCAAGAUGUCGAAGAAAACCGUAAUGUUCCUUUGCUUCGUUGUCUUACUGGCUUUGUCAUUGAGCCAUGCCGCCCCAAGGAGUCAAGAUGAUSCMCUUAUCAGAGCAAUGAUCAACAAUUUUCUAUCAAAGCGUCGUUUUCUGGAGCCAGUGAAGAGAAAUCCAUCAUGCUCAAAUCCUGUAGCUAGAUGCGGCACUGUCAGUCUCUCUUGUAAUUCCGAGUGCGGCAAUCCUCCAUCAGGUUGGCUAUGGGUAUGUCGCAGUGGAAAUUGCAUAUCUGUUGAAGACAGGUCGGGAUGAAAGUCUCAAGAUUAACGAUGUGACCACAACAAGUACAAUAUAGUUAACAUUUAGACUACCAGUUAAUUAAUAGUUCAUGGCAAUGCCGAGUGGUCGAAUUGUUUUAGCAUUCAUGAAACUGUAGGCAAAUUAAAAAAAUAACUGAUCAUAAAGUACAAUUUUUACCGAUAUUUGUUAGAUUAUGUUUGCUUCAUUGGAUGCGACCUAGUUCAGUUGCCAAUCAAAAUCCUUGAUUUGUAAUAGCCAUUAUACAACUUUUCAGUAAAAUCAGACGUUUUGAUUGGUUGGCUUUCAUGUGUUAUCAA